UCAUUUGUCCCUGCAGAGGGUUGCUCAUCAUCAUCCCCCACACACUGCAGGAUAUCUCUGCUAUAUGCCGACAAUUGGCCACACUCCCUAACUGCAGCACAAAGCAGCAGGUCAGCCACGCCCCGUGCCUCCACUUGUGGCUGCUGAAUGCAGAGUUUAGGGAUGGCGUCUCUGCAUGAUCUGAGAAAGGAGCUGGACUGUUCCAUCUGCCUGAACAUUUAUACAGAUCCUGUAAACCUGAGAUGUGGACACAACUUCUGCCGUGUCUGUAUUGAUCGUGUGCUGGAUACACAGGAGGGGUCUGGAAUUUAUACCUGCCCUGAAUGCAGAGAAGAGAGUCUGGAGCGUCCUGCACUGCAGAGGAAUGUAACUCUGUGUAACAUAGUGGGGAGUUUCUUGUCUCCUCAGCCAGAUCAGGAGGAGACUGGGAUCUUCUGCUCUUACUGUAUUCACUCUCAUGUACCAGCUGCUAGAUCCUGUCUGCAUUGUGAGGCUUCCCUGUGUGAUAAUCACCUGAGGGUACACAGUAAGUCAGCAGAACAUGUCUUAAGUGAUCCCACCACUUCCCCGGGAAAGAGGAAAUGCCCCGUCCAUAAGAAGAUUCUGGAGUAUUACUGCACUAAGGAUGCUGUCUGUAUCUGUGUGUCCUGCAGUUUGGCUGGAAUACAUAGGGGACACCAGGUGGAGAUGCUGGAUGUGGCCUCUGAGAAUAAGAAAAUGAAGCUGAGAAAUGUUUUGCAGAAACUGACCACAGAGAGAGAGGAGAGUGAGAAAAGAGUGCAGAGCCUGCAGGAGCUCAGGAAAGAUUAUCGUAAAAAAGCAGAAGAUGUAAAAGAUCGUGUCACUGACCUGUUUAUAGACCUCAUGAGACAUCUGGAAGAUCUGGAGAAGAGAGUCCUGAGUGAGAUCUCCAGGCAGGACGCACACGCUUCACUGUCAAUCUCUGAUCUGAUCCAACUGCUGGAAAUAAAGAAAGAUGAGCUGUCAAGGAAGAUGCGUCACAUUGAGGAGCUGUGUAACAUGUCUGAUCCAGUGACUGUCUUACAGGAACCAGACAUAGGUGACUUCCAUUAUUUGGGGUACAAAAAGAGACCUUCUGAACGGAUCCAUGAUGCAAGAAGUCUGGAUGUGGGUUUCAUCUCUGGGACACUGUCAUCAUUAUCUAAUUUAAUAACUGGUAUAUAUACAGGGAUCUAUUUUCAGGAAACUACAGACCUAUUUCUGGAUUUCGACACUGCUGCAACCAAUAUAAAUAUAUCUGAUGCCAUGAAAACUGCGUCCUGGUUAAGUAUGUCACAGUAUCGUCCUGAAAAACCAGAGAGGUUUAAGCGUGACCAGGUGUUCAGCAUUAAGAGUUUUUCCUCUGGAGAACAUUACUGGGAAGUGGAUGUCAGUAAAUCAGAUCUCUGGAGGGUAGGGGUAGGUUAUCCCAGUAUAGAGAGGAGAGGAGAUCUGUCAUACAUAGGAAGUAAUAACAAGUCCUGGGGAUUGUGUAAGCAGAAGGACUGGUGUAGUACUGUUCAGUAUCUAGCGAGGCAUGCCUGUAAAGACAUCCAGUUGCCUAGCAAUAUUUCCUAUGUUAGACUGAGGAUAUGUCUGGAUUAUGAGGCUGGACAGCUGUCAUUUUAUUCUCUGUGUGACCCCAUAAGACACUUACACACAUUCACUGCCACCUUUGCUGAGCCCCUUCAUGCUAUGUUAUGCGUAUACAGCGGUUCUAUAAAGAUAUCCGGGGGAACUGUGAGUAAGAAGAAAUGAGAGCGGUGACCUCACAGGGAGCGGAAUCUGAUAGGUGAAACUUUUAGCCAUUGGUCAUGUGUGUAAAACUUUCAUUAUACAUGUACAUUUCUCUGGAGUUUCUCCAACUAAUUCACAGAUGGCCGUGAUUGUCACAAAAAAAGAGUGGAGAAAACCUUGAAGGCGCAAAGCUGCCCGUACACUAUAGUUGUCUAAAGUAAAUGUCACCACAUUUACACCAUAAGCCAAGACUAAAAAAAGAUGACGACUAUGUAUGUCCAGGGCGCUAAAUAAUUAUACAUACAUAAUGAAUUAAA